GCAAUCCACCGUCUACUCUUCUCUCACUGCUCUCUCUCUAUCUCUGUGAUUUCGUCAGUUCUUUCACUUUCAGCUUCCAACAGAGUUUCCCAGAUACCGUCUUCUCUUCUUACAGAUUUCGCGCCCUAUCUUUCCAUCUCCUACACUCUCUGCUUUGUUCAUCCUCAUCGGUUACCUUCUCCGGUGCCCCCAUAUGGAUUCCUUCUCGAUUCCUUGUCUUUUUGUCCCUGAAAUUCUCUGUUGACGCUCUUACUGCGCGAUUCGAAUCUUUUUAUGUAAUGGGUAAUUGGAGAGAGCGUCCGCGUAGGAUUUUUCGCAAGCAGAAGCCUCCGUGGUCCGCCAUAAGAAAUUACGAUCACGAUCCUCCUCUAGAGUUUUGGAAAGAUGGUAUUCCUUUAUGGGAAAAGAAAUUCUGCACGGAGAUUGGUCGUGUGCCGUGGGGUAAAAUAGUUGAUUCCAAGAAGUUUAUUUAUUGUCAUAAUAAUAUAGUUAAUUGGAAUGAUUCUGCUUGUGAAGAGGCAUUCCAUAAUGCCAAAAGACGUUUUUGGGCACAUACUAAUGGCCAUCGGUGUGACAUCUAUCUGCCUGAUCCAGACAAAUAUAUUGAAAAAAUAGAUUGGAAUCCUGAAAUAGAUUCUGAAAUGAUUGAGGAACUGGAUUGGGCAUACUUUGCUCCUAAUGUGACAGAAAGUGAUGAUUUGUUGGAGGGUAAAAAUAAAAGGACGAAGAACUCCAGUUCUGUUUGGGCAGAAGGCCACAUUGAAGAUCCAGGUUAUGUGGGCAAUGCUUGGGAACAUGGUAUUCAAUGCAUUGCAAAUACAGGAGAAGGAUGGAACCAGAGGAAUUUAAGUGAUCCAGGGAAGGCGAACAACGAUGGCAAUCCUUGGGACAGUAGCGUUACCCAGGUGAAUGGGGGUAUAGUCGACAGUGCCUGGAGAGAUAAAGUGCAACAAGGUGAUACCUCCUGGAAUACUAAAGGGUUUUCUAGUGAUGCAAGGGGUAUGGUGGACGGUUCCUGGAGAGAGAAAGUGCAUCAAGGUGGCGCCACCUCCUGGAAGACUAAAGGGUUUGCUAGCGACACAAGAAAUAACAUGUGGGGCUGGAACCAGAAGCAGCGUGCCUGUAAUUUUGAUCAUUAUAAUAGGCCUUGGAGUAAUAGUUAUAAUCGGAAUGUCAGGAAUUUAACAGAUAGAAUACAGCCAAAUAAUCAAGGGAAUGAACAGGGUUGGAAAUAUCAGUGGUAUGGCAAGAGGCCAAAAGAUGCAGAAUUUGUUAACAUUGAGUGGUAGGGAUCAUGGGACUGGCACCAUUCCUCCCAGGAGUAUGUUUCAAGUCCGUGUGUAUUCAAAGCCUCAGAGAUUAUGAAUGGUAGCUAGAGGAGUUGAAUCACAACACGAAUUCUGAUUUUGCCCUCAACUAGCUGAUCACUUCUUUUUUUGUUCUGAAACUGCAGGAUCGUCCAUGUUUUGUUAGUAAAUUUUCAGUUUUAUUUCAACAAGAAUGAUUACUCCAGGAAUUUUGGUAUAAAGGAUCGUAUGGAUAUGAUAUACCUGAAUAUGAAUGGCUUGGUUCUUCUGUUCUUUUUCUUCCUUUAUUCCAAUGAUUUAUAUAGGCAUAGAGGGUCAAUAGUUGUUGUUGUUGUUAAGAUUCCCUCCCAAUGCUUGAUCCUUGUAUUAAUAGGCUCCAUUAAGUUUGUAUCAUUUUGAUUUGAGAAACCUCUUUUGGCUGGCUUUAUAAAGGCAA